UUUCUAUUUCGUUGCAUUUAAUUGACAGUAAAGCGCAUGUGCACUGUUGUCAUUUUGAGAAUUCUUAUAACUCGGUGUAAAAGUUACAUUUUCUGUUUUUAAUUUGCAGAAAUUCGUGUUUUACUUUGGCAAUACACCGGAACUGAAAACAGAUUUUAAAUUGAUCAAUAUGUCAACCACUCAAGAGAAUCUUGAGGAACGAAUAGUUCGGAUCAGAAAGCGUGACGAAGAGAUCGAGAAAAAGCAUCGGGCAGCCGAAGAAGAUCGUUUGCUGGCAUUGAAACACAAUGCGAUGGUCAAAACGAAAUCUCCCACUGACGAUGACUGGCCAAAGGGUCACAAAUACGAUUCGCUUGACUUUACAUACGACCAAAAUGAGCAGCCAGACGAUGAGAAGUCAUCAAAGAAAACGGAGAAGGAUAAAUUUGCGCCCAAGCCGGGACGUGAAUAUAAAAAAUUCGCAGAUGGAUCGGGUCCACCACCAGAUCCGACAUACAAUUUUUUAAAAGAUGCCGAACGUGACGGUGUCACGGAAAAGGUAACGACCAACGAGAAGAAAGAUUGGCGCCAAGCGAACGGUGGCAACAAUAAUAACCGCAACAAGAACGGAUUGAACAACAGUUUUCGUGGCCGGAAUAGCAAGCCACGGAAUGGGAACAAUGGUGGUGGUGGGAAUCGGUAUGCGAAUAAAAAUGAGGAGUACGGUUCGUGGAAGAACGAAAGAGAUCGAAUCGAUGAGUCACGGAUUGGACGGCAAAAGAGUGGCGAUGGUAAAUGGAGACGGGAGUGGGACACAGAUAAGAAUAGCGAAGAGGAUAUGUCCAAUCAAAUGGAAAAGGCAUUUAUUACCGAUAGUUUACGUCCGUUGCAACAGUCCCAACAGCAACAGCAACAGCAACAACAGCAAUUUCAAAUGCAAAGUCAGCAAAUUCAGCAGCAGCAAAAGCAGCAUCAACUACAACGAGAUCACCAACCACAUCAGCAUCCACUGUCACCACCAUCACAGCAGCAGCAGCAAUUCCACUUUCAACCACGUAGUCCAACGCAUAGCAUGAGACCAAUUCAACCAACACAACAUUUGACUGAAACUCCAAUGGAGAAACGAGGCAACAUAAUGGUGUCCGUGUCACAGGAUGGCGAGGUCAAGAGUGUUAAAUUUCAAUCGACAAAAGCUAUUGGAACUGGUCGAGUCGGGCCGCGCCAAAAUUCGAAACCUCAAUUCUCAAUUCAAAAAGAUGCAUUUCCAAUCGUCACGCAAUACCAGCCAGAUGCUACACCGUACUUUGUUGCACCGAUGCCGAUUAGUCCUCGUCGAUUGGGGCCGUCAUUACAAGAUCGAUUGAAUCGACACCGUCAACCACAGCAGUCGCAGCAGCAGCAGCCACAACAAAACAAUUCGUUUGAUGGUAAAAACAAUCCAUCAACAACUGCGUCCGAAAGUGCCCAGAUAGCAGUCGGAUUUUGAGAUUUGAACGGAAUGUGUGGCGAAAAACGCAGUGGAUAGAUCGACGUGCAGGUUUUCUCUUAAUUUUUUGUUUUCUCUUUUUUUUACGAACCACUCAACAAGAAUCGUUCAUGUAACGUAACUACUGAUGCCAUUUAAUCGGUUCGAUUUGCUGGCAUUUGUCUUU